AUGUCUGCUCAAACCAUUUAUCAAAAUAAAUACAACGAGUUGCGAAGCGCCUACAAAUACUACAUAGAUUCAUAUGAUGCUUUGUAUCAGCUAAAAACGGAAAAUGAAGAAGAAUUAAACAAAAUUUACAUAAUGAUCAAAACAGAUUUGAUUGAUUCAAAGAUAUAUCUUCCUCAAAAUCUAAUCAAAGAUAUUUUAAAUAUCAUACCGUAUAACAAUCGCUAUGUAAAGUCUUAUUUAUAUCUUGCCAAGCUCAUAUAUGAUGAUUUCCAUGUGGAAGAUGUCCGCAAAGUGGAACUUAUUUCUUUCUACUUGUUUUAUAAAGAAUAUGGAAUUAAAUUAAACAAUUCUGAUAAUUUCGAAAAAUAUAACUUCGGAAAACUGGAUAUUCAUUCAGAAGAUACAAUUUACAGAGCUAUUAUGUAUAAUGACAAAGAAAGGUUCAUCUUAUCCACUGAAAGAGAUGAUUUUGAUAAAAAUCAAAAACUUAAAAGCGAUUUAUAUCCAUACUCUCAUGUAGGAUAUUCAUUACUUGAAUUAUGUUGCUAUCAUGGAGCAGUUGAUUGUUUCAAGUUAUUGAGAACAAAAUUUAAUUCAGAAAUAACACAAGAAUGUCUACAAUUUUCAUUUUUAGGCGGAAAUCCAGAGAUCAUAAGUGAAUGUUUGAAAUAUCAAACACCAGAUAGAUUUUGCAUGGAAUAUGCAAUUAUUUCACGCAACAUUGAUUUUGUUACAUUCUUGAUGAAUGAAUACAAUAUAGAGAUCAAGUUGCAUUUCUGCGCAAGAUAUAAUAAUCUUGAUUCAUUCUUUGUUUAUUUCGAUCAAACUAAUAAUGUUAACAAAUGCUUUAUUAAAUCAGGAGCGUUUGGUAUUCUAUCACUUUGCAAAUAUUUCCUUUCACUUGGUGCAAAUAUCAAUGCAAAAGAUGAAAAUGGAGAAACUGCUCUUUUUAAUGCAGCAAUGAUUUCUCAAGAAAUAGUCGAAUUUCUUUUAUCACAAGGUAUAAGUAUCAAUGAAGAAAAUAUUAUUGGAGAAACCGCUCUUCAUAGAGCAAUGUAUAAUGGGAAAUUGUUCCAAUUUCUUGUUUCGCAUGGUGGAAGAACGCGUUUGGAUCCGAGAUACAGACCUAAUCCUCCACAUCGUAGGAGACUUCGUAUAUCACAUGAUUCAAAAAAAUAA